AUGUCAACAACAAACAAACAACAACAAGAACUUGCAGUUCCAGGUUUCUUCCCAGCUGUCACUUCAGAAUGUAAAGAGGUUGCAGCAAAGUUCUUCAUCUGCAUAGAGAAGUCGAUGGUGUCUCACAAUGACGAGGAUAUUGAUGCACCAAGAAGAGGUUUAAGAUACUGCGAGAAACAACUGAUAGAUUAUACUGUAUGCAUGGAGCAGUCAUUGGCAAAGGGAUCACCAAAUAUACAUUGA